GUUGAGACAUGUUGGCUGGUUGAUGGCCUUAAUGUGAAGUGUUCUGGGCUGGACUGUACGUAUGUCGUCGGUGGGCCGCGCGCCUGUCGAGGUCCCGCUAAGGUAGGAAUGAGCUCAGGCCGUAUCGUCGCGCGCUUGCGGAUUGGAUUAUUAGACGUAGUCAGCACCGGCCAUAACGACAACGGACAAUAUCCCCUAUCCACACUCCUACAACACGAUCUCUAUAUUUAUUUUCGAUACACGGCUUUGAAUGCGCGGAUUGGAGCGAUGACUAGAUAAUUGCGCCUCACGACCUGUACUAACGAGGCGAGCGAGCGAGUGACUUGCUGCGAGUUGCCGGUUGCGCGCCAACGCUCCCCGUUGGUUGCUUGUGGAGGGGUAACAGACACACUUUGGUCACUGACCAGAAGACCAAGGCAAGAUGAGUUCAGGCGGGGGAGAUGCCAAGCUCUUUGCUAGAGGCAAGGUGGCGGAGCUGCGACAGGAGCUCAACUUUGGGGGAAAGAAGGACAAGAAUCACUCGGCGAAGAAGAUCGCGCUGAAAAAGAUCGUGGCAAAUAUGACGAUGAGCAAUAAUGAUAUGGUGGCCCUCUUCCCAGAUGUGGUUGCGUGUAUGGAUAUACAGAGCUUGGAGAUAAAGAAGAUGUGCUUCUUGUUCCUCGUCAACUAUGCCAGAAUGAAGCCGGAGACUGCAGUCAAGGCCCUUCCGACGCUCGAGGGUGAUAUGAAAGAUUCGAACCCUCUAGUCAGAGCGCUGGCACUUCGAACAAUGUCGUAUAUACAUGUCAGGGAGUUUGUGGAAGGAACAGUUCCGCACGUCAAACAUUUGUUGAAAGACUCGGACCCAUAUGUGCGAAAGACAGCUGCGUUUUGCGUGGCUAAGCUAUACGAUCAUGACAAAGACUUGGUUGAGAGAUCAGAUCUCAUCGAGAGGCUGAACUCUAUGCUUAGAGACGACAACCCCACCGUAGUUGCGAGUGCGUUAGCCAGUCUCAUGGACAUAUGGGAGCGAAGUGAUGCGAUUAAGCUUACCAUAGACUAUGGUAAUGCAUCAAAGAUGGUCCAAAUCCUCCCGGAUUGCUCAGAAUGGGGCCAGACAUAUAUUCUGGAGGCAUUAAUGUCGUAUGUGCCUCAGGAGAGCUCUGAGGCUUUGCUCCUUGCGGAGAGGAUCGCCCCUAGGCUGUCGCAUUCGAACUCUGCCGUUGUGCUCACUUGCAUAAGGGUAAUUCUGUACCUUAUGAACUAUAUUAAGGACGACAAACAAAUAACGGCUCUGUGCCGCAAGCUUUCGCCCCCUCUGGUGACUCUUCUGGCCAAGGGUCCAGAGAUCCAAUAUCUAGCUCUACGAAAUGCACUCCUUAUUUUGCAACGGCGGCCGGAAGUUCUCAGAAAUGACAUCCGAGUCUUCUUCUGCAAAUAUAACGACCCUAUCUAUGUCAAAGUUACGAAAUUGGAAUUAAUCUUCAUGCUUGCAAACGAAAAGAACAUCAGAGAGGUUUUGACGGAACUUCGAGAAUAUGCGACUGAGAUCGACGUUCACUUUGUACGGAAAUCAGUGCGAGCUAUCGGAAAAUUGGCUAUCAAGAUCGAACCCGCCGCAAAGCAAUGCAUAAACACCCUUCUCGAGCUUGUCGCGACUAAAGUCACAUAUAUCGUUCAGGAGGCCACUGUGGUCAUUCGCAACAUCUUCCGUAAAUAUCCGGAUCAAUACGAAUCCAUAAUAUCCACACUCUGCGAGAACUUGGACUCUUUGGACGAGCCCGAAGCAAAGGCUGCUAUGAUUUGGAUUAUUGGCCAGUACGCGGCACGAAUCGAAAAUUCGGAUACUCUUCUGGAAGACUUCCUAGACACCUUCGCGGACGAGCCAGUUGAAGUUCAACUUGCCCUCCUCACUGCGACAGUGAAGCUGUUCAUCCAGCGCCCUACAAAGGGCCAAGAUCUCGUGCCGAAGGUGCUUAAGUGGGCGACCGAGGACACUGAUAACCCAGAUCUAAGAGAUAGAGGUUAUAUGUACUGGCGCCUCCUGUCCUCGGAUAUGGCAGCUGCAAAAGAAAUUGUUAUGGGCGAGAAACCACCCAUCACGGCCGAAAGUGAGAAACUAGACCCACAGACGUUAGAGGAAAUGUGUCUCGUGGUAGGCACACUAGCUACAGUAUACCUGAAGCCUGUUCAGCAGGUAUUCCGAACCGCAAGGCCUCGUCGCCUGGCAGAAAGCCCAGCCCUCCAAAAGAACACGCUGCCAGGAUACACAAACGGCUUCGGACCGGAUUCUCAAAAGACUCUUUCAAGUCUAGGGAUGGAGGUUCGACCCGCCGAUGCCGCUGUACGCAAUAUCAUGAACGGGAAUGCCGCGAAUAACAACAACCUUGCUGCUGCAGUUAGUGCCGCAGAUGAGUUCUUUGCGGGGGUUGGGAACCGCCAGAUGGCUGCUAUGAACGUCAAUGAUGGCGACGAGGGGUUCGGCGGCAGCCCAACACAAGGGACCCACAAUAUGGGCUAUGUGGUGAACCAGAACCAGCCGCAACAGAUGUAUGCGCCUGUUAGUGGACAAGGGGCUAAUGGGGAUUUGUUGUCGUUGUAAGCCCGGCGGUGUAUAUAUCAUGGGACGGUUUUAGUUAUAGCGCAUUCAUAUUUUGUUUGCAUGAACAGCAGCAAGCAUACUAGCUUUUGUUUUAUUUUGGGGUUCAAACUAAAAAUCAAAAAUUAUCUAUAUUUAUGUAUAUAUGUAUUGUGUAUCUAUAUUUGGUUGUAAAGAAUAUUCGCCACUAG